UGACUAAACUUUUUUGGCAUUUCCUUAUCUGCAAUAAAUUCAUUGUUUAAUAUUUUCUCGAACAACACUUUAUUUGCAACAUUAAGUUUAUAAACAAAAUAGCAAGUUAAUUAUAUACCAGUACAACGGAUCCUGUAUUACGUGAAAUGAAGCCAACACCGGCUGCCGAUGAAAUGUUCAGCACGGAUAUGGAAGAGUCGGGAAGCUCCUCAGGUCUACUAAUCGAUUUGCCAACUAAUGAGAAGCAGGUGCAUGCCGACUUCUACAACGAUUUCGAGGAGUUAUUUGAUGAUGACGAUGAUGUGCCAGCAAAAACUAUUGGUUAACCCAAUAUCAAAAGUUCAGUUUGGAAAUUAUGUUAAAUAUCUAUAAGUAAAUACUUUUAAUUAAUAAAACAUUCAUUUGAAUUUUCAA